AUGUGUAUACAACGUAUACAUCGGCUUCCAACAUCCGUCUGGGAGUCUGCGUACGUGUUGUUCACUUCAACGGACAUUGCCACCAACACUGACCACCUCCAGCGACGGUGCCAGGCCUUCAUCGACCCAUUGAUCGAGGCUCCCCCCCUCCUCAUUAUCCUCGAUCUUGUUCUCCUCAAACCGCGCGUGUUCUUGCAUCUCCUGUUCAACCGUGGUUCCCCGCCUGCGACUAGUGGAGGCACCGAGGUGGUCAAGGACAAGGACGGGGACUCUGUCCUGCAGAGGAACGAGGUGCACGACAGGAAAGCACGCGUCAAUGCCGACCUAAUGAGCCUAACGGCAGCGACACUCGCCGCUGAAGUGGCUGUCCGCGUCGUCCCUGCUCUCCACAGUCUGGAUUUUGCCCAGUCCAUCACCCUCGCACUCCUCACCACCGUCAGAGUCGGGAUGGAGUUGGCAGCACAACUUGGUGCAAGCACCCUUCUCGCCCUGGUCAUUUUGAGGUUGAAAGGAUGGUACCCGUUUACUGGUAAACAAUCGACCAAGGAGGACGACGGUACAGAAGCCAUGCGUGAUGGACGUCAAGAGUCGUUCCUCCCGGCCCUCAUCCCCCUCACCCUCGUCUACACUGCUCUCCUGCCUCUGCUCCUCCAGCUGGCCCUGGGGAUAUGGUACCCUCCCCAUCCCUCAAUCCACGAGUCGCCGCAAGCGACUGGCACGUUUCUCUCGCCACUCGCCCUCAUCCCCGAAUUCAUUCUCGCUCGCCUGCCGGACAGCGUAGCGACCACGUUGGCGGACAUUACAACCGGCGCGUCUGACGUUUGGGCGGAUGCCGACCGCGUGUGGGCUGGUACCAGGUUGUUGGGCGGCAUGAGCGCAGGCUUUGGUCUGAGGGUACUUCUGCCUACAAGGCCGUACCAGACGACCACAAUCGUGUUGGCCGGGUGGGGUGCGGCCGUUGGUGCAGGUAGACUCUUCGACAUUGUAUGUGAGCGCGUCCAGGGUUGA